GAGAGGCUGCGUCUGCCGCUCCCGCCGCCAUGGGGGCCUGCCUGGGGGUCUGCUCCCUGCUCAGCUGCGCAUCCUGCCUCUGCGGCUCGGCUCCCUGUAUCCUGUGCGGCUGUUGUCCAUCCACUAAAAACUCGACACUCAGCCGCCUGCUGUUCACGGUCUUCCUGCUCCUGGGGACGCUGGUCUCCAUCAUCAUGAUCAGCCCCCACGUGGAGAGCCAGCUGCACCGGCUGCCCUGGGCGUGCGAAGGAUACCUUGUGGUGCCUGGCCCCGACGUGCCAGACAUCCUGACCCCCAGUGACUGUGGGGCCCUUCUGGGGCUGCGGGCCGUGUACCGAGUGGGUUUUGCUCUGGCCCUGUUCUUCGCCAUCUGUGCCGUGUUCAUGAUCUGCGUCCGGAGCAGCCAGGAUCCUCGGGCCGCCGUGCAGAAUGGGUUCUGGUUCUUCAAAUUCCUGGUCCUCUUGGGCAUCACCGUGGGCGCCUUCUAUAUCCCUGAUGGCCAUUUCACUGAGGUCUGGCACUACUUUGGCGUCGUUGGCUCCUUCCUCUUCCUCCUGGUUCAGCUCAUCCUGGUGGUCGACUUCGCCCAUUGCUGGAAUCAGCGGUGGCUGCGCCGGGCGGCCCAGUGCGGUGGGAGGGGCUGGUAUGGAGGCCUCUUCUUCUUCACCAUCCUCUUCUACGUGCUGACCAUCACGGCAGUGGCCAUUCUGUUUAUCUACUACACGCAGCCAGGGCCUUGUUAUGAGAGCAAAAUUUUCAUCAGCCUCAACCUCAUCCUCUGCCUUUGUGUCUCCAUCAUCGCCGUCCUGCCCAGGGUCCAGGAUGCCCAGCCCAACUCGGGCUUGCUGCAGGCCUCCGUCAUCUCCUUGUACACCAUGUUCGUCACGUGGUCGGCCCUGUCCAGUGUCCCCGACCAGGACUGUAACCCCAACCUGCCAGUCCUGGUGCUGGAAAAUGACACCAAUGUGGUGGUCCUCGAGGACGUAUACGUAAGCCAGUGGUGGGACGCGCCGAGCAUCGUGGGUCUCAUCAUCUUCAUCCUCUGCACCGUCUUCAUCAGUGUCCGGGGGUCUGACCACCGGCAGGUCAACAGCCUGAUGCAGACGGAGGAAUGUCCGCCGAUGCUGAGCGCCCAACAGCAGCAGUGUCAGGCCGCAGCUUCCAGGGAGCACGGCCCGGGCCGCGCCUAUGACAAUGAGCAAGAUGCCGUCUCUUACAACUAUUCCUUCUUCCAUUUCUGCCUGCUCCUCGCCUCCCUGCACGUCAUGAUGACACUCACCAACUGGUACAGGCCGGACGGCGUUUCCGGGCGGAUGAUCAGCUCCUGGAUCUCAGUCUGGGUGAAGGUGGGGGCCAGCUGGACCGGGCUCCUGCUCUACCUCUGGACCCUGGUCGCCCCACUCCUGCUGCCCAACCGGGACUUCAACUGAGCCCUUCCCCACUGCUGGCCCCUCCCCCAUGCCAGUUUUGCCCCCAGGGCUCAGGGGCAGGAAGGGAGCUGAGGAUCCCGUCCCUGGGGGUAGGGGAAGGUGUGGCUGGUGGCAGGGCAGUCACCGGCCAAUCGUACCCCUCCUCUCCCUUCACGUGUCCUUGGCCGCUUGCUGGGACACCCACCCCCACCCCUCCUCCAUCCCCCCCGCCCCUCUCCCCUCCCGUCUGACUCAGGAUACGAUCUGGACCCCAGGGAGGAGACGGACCACCGCCCCCCCGCGGGGUCAACUUAUGUCUACCCACCAUCCCCAAACUGACGCGCCUCUCGGUCUCGGUGCCAGUCAGGAUCGUAGCCUGUACCAAUAAACGUGCCCUGGGUGCCCAA